AUGUUCGCCUCGGCGCCCGUCGCGCUCAAGGUCGCCGCCGCCAAGCCGAGCGGCGCGCGUGCUCGAUCGGCCCGCGUCGUCACCGUUCGCGGUUCCAUCGCCGAGGGCGCCGCGAAGACCUCCGCGGCGCAGGCUGGCGACCGCCAGAAGGCCGUCGUCGUGGGUGGCGGCGUCGGCGGCCUCGGCAUGGCGUCCCGCCUCGCGCACGCGGGCUACGACGUCACCAUCCUGGAGAAGAACGAGGACACCGGCGGCCGCGCCAGGUCCGAGUUCUUCGGCCCCGACGCCGACGCCUCGGGAUGGCGAUUCGACACCGGCCCGUCGCUCAUGCUCCUCCCGGACAGGUACCGCGAGCAGUUCACCGCGGUGGGCAAGAAGCUCGAGGACUACAUGGACAUCGAGCGCGUCGACCCGGCGUACCGCGCGCACUUCGGCGAUCACACCACCCUCGACCUCCUCUACGACACCGAGAAGAUGCGCAAGCAGCUCGACGACGUGGAGUUCGGAGCCGGCGGUCGAUACAUCGACUGGCUCGGCCGCGCGCGCGCCUCCCUCGACUACGGCGUCGCCGCGUUCAUCGAGAGGGACGCCAACUCCAUCCUGGACUUCGUCGACCUCUCCCGCGUCGGCCCGCUCGCGUUGGCGGUGAACCCCCUCGACCUCCUCCUCCCCCAGUUUAACCAGAUGGCCAAGUACUUCAAGGACCCGAGGCUCCGCGCGCUCUUCUCCUACCAGGAGCUGUACGUGGGCCUCUCCCCGUACAACGCCCCAGGGGUCUUCUCGCUCCUCGCCGCCACCGAGCUCACCGACGGCGUGUGGUAUCCGAAAGGUGGCUUCGACAAAGUUCGCGGGUCGCUGAAACAGCUGUGCGACGAGGAGGGCGUCGAGAUUAGAACGGGCGCCGCAGUGGACGCCAUCCUCACCGAGCCCCUUGGCGAGGGUCCCAGCCAGAUCGCCGGGAGCAAGGCGACGCAGGUCGUGCGGGGGGUGCGACUGGCGAACGGCGACGUGAUCGAGGCGGACGUGGUGGUGGCCAACCCGGACCUUCCGUGCGUGUGGGACCAGAUGAUCGAUAAAGAGACGUUUCCGGAGGCGAAGAAGGAGGCUGAGCGAUGGGAGGAUGCCGAGUACUCGUGCUCGGUGAUCGAGUUCAACUGGUGCCUCGACACGCAGAUCGAGAAGCUCCUCCACCACAACGUGUUCCUCUCGGGCGACUACGAGGGAAGCUGGGUCAGGCCCUGCGUAGUGUCCGACUUUGACGCUCCCAAGCAGCACAACUUUUACUGCCACAACCCCGUGUACACGGACCCGACGUGCGCGCCCGCGGGUGGGUCGUCCGUCAUGAUCCUCCUGCCCGUCGCCAACAUCAACGAGCAGGCGAGGAUGUGCAAGAAACGCGGUUUGCCCGUCCCCACCGAGGAGGAGAUGGUGAACGCGGGGAGGGAGGCUAUCCUGCGCAGGUUCGAGGAAGCCGGCCACGGCGAUUUGCGCAAACACAUCAAGCACGAGAGCGUCACCACCCCGUCGCAGUGGCGGGAACGGUUCAACAUCAAGCACGGAGCGGUGUUCGGGCUGUCGCACGGCCUGACGCAGCUGGCGGCGUUCAGGCCGCCGGUGAGGACGGGCAUCGGCGCGCUCGACUCGCCCGAGUGCGACGGGCUGCACUUUGUCGGGGCGUCUACUCGACCGGGGAACGGCGUGCCGCUCGUGCUCAUGGGGGUCAAGGUGGUGUUCGACGCCAUCAUGAAGCAGCACGGCGCCGGGGUGAAGGCGCGCUAG